CCACUCGUGCGGUCAUUCCAUCUCGACAACUCGAACACAGUCGUAUUCUAUUCCCCGGGGACAACUGGUCGCUUGAACGGGCUCCGGCAGACGGUCCACCGAGCAGGGACAGAUCGCAUCUGAGAGGUUUCCCACACCCUGCGAACGACAGGACCAUCAAGGCCGCUGCGAAACGUGCAUUUGCCAACCGUUGACACCCCAAGACAUCUCCAUGAGCGGCAACAUGUCUUCGCAGCGCCCCUUCUUCCUUUCCACCUUCUUCGCCGCUUUCCGACAGCAAACCCCGUCCUCGCUCGCCAACGCUAGCGCCUCAGCACAGCAACCAAACAAACACAGCUCACAACCGUCCGGCCCCUCUCAACAACCCGCGAGUGCGACACCUCGCUCGAUAUCAUCCACUUCCGCGGCGGCCGCGGCGUCACAAGCAGCAUCCCCGCCGUCGAGAUCAGGGGGCGUGAUGAGUCAGCUCCCGUUGCACUCCCCACGACAUCACCACCGCCACCACCACAACCACAGCGCAGGCAUCCCGAUACCUCAGUCGAGAGCCGGCAGGGACAAUGGCCACGGCCGGAGGCGGGGCAGCGACAGCAGCAGCGAGGGCUUCAGGGAGGCGCUCGGGGCGGAGAAGCUGUACAUCGGCGGGCGGACCGCGACCGGGGAGGAGCGGUUCUUCAAGCUGGGUGUUGUGCGGAGGGUACGCAGCGGUGACAGGCUGAGCCUGGAUCGGCUGAGUCUGUGAGCCGCAUGGGUGGGUGUGCUCGCGGCCAGUAUCGAACGAUGAAACAACGAGAUAACGACAAUGAACAUUCAAGAAUGAUGGGUAGGGACGGACAAGGCAGGCGUUUCACGGCAUCGGCAUCAGGGUUGGGGACCAUAACCACGGGAAUUAUAACAAUACAUAGCUGGACUUGACGGGGUGUGGAUUCAGAAAACAAAAACGUUACAGGGUAGACAA